AUGCCGAUCUCUAUCAAGUCUCCCUUUGCUCCGCUCACUUCGGUGGUCUCCAAGUACAUCUCAGACCACAAAGCCCGCGUAGCAGCACAAAGGGAAGCUCAGGGCACCACUUCCGGCCCCACUGGAGCUGAGGUCGAUGCCCACGUCGCCAGUACUCUCUCUCGCAAACAAGGUGCUGCACUCCUCGCCUUCCAGCUCCAACCCGCCCUCGACCUCCCCUCAGUGCAAGUCGACAACGAGGGUCGAACUCUCGGCUUGGAAGACCCCAACGACGCUUCUCUCAAAGAUGACCCAAACACAGCCCUCCGCGCUUCAGCUCGACCCUACGUCGUCCCUGUAACCUCGGUCUCCGAUCCUGCCCUCCUCGCAGAGGUAGAGGAGGUCACCUACGGCAUUCUAACUUCCAUCCCUCUCUUCCCACUUCCCGAUCACGCAUCAAACGACGUCGAGGGUGUCAAUCAGUACGGCUUCACCGAUCCCCGCAUUUACGGCGGAACGUCAUUCGAUCUCGUUGGCAAUGGAAUGCAUGAACCGCUCAACAUCAUCAUCUCCUCCCACUCCUCCCCCUCAAUCCUCACUCGUAAAGGUUUCCAGUCCUACUGUCGAGCGCUCGACUUUGAUCGAGAAUGUCUCGCUAUUCACGCUGGAGGUUACCAAAAGGCUUUUAUUGAUCCGAGGGGGUGGAGAGAUCAAGAAUUCAUCUAUAGCCAGGUCUAUACCCCUUUCGAUCACGUUUUUGGUACCUGUAUCGAGUCCUUGGUCGGUGGAAACCAUAUUAGAGCUUGGCAACAGCAGGGUUCACAAGCCUGGUUCUUGGCCACAAGCAGAGAGGAGGAUGCAAGUAAGAAUCAUAUGAUCAUCCCCAACGGUUACAAUAUCGGUCGUAACCAGCUAGUGCAGAUGGCCUUGGGAAAGAACAAGGAUGGAAUGACCAGUUUCAUGUUGACAAAGUACAGCACCAAGGUGGAGUUUGUCGCUGGCUUGAUGCCCCAAGGUAUGCAAGGCGUCAAUCAUGAUAUAGCUGUAGAUGGCUUGACUGCCGUCUUGACUGUGACCGUGGUGGAGGCGGACAAGUCGCGUUGGUUUGGAGCCAAGGAGGUCGGCACGGAUUCCGCUGAGCAGGUCGUGGAUGAAGAGAAGGAAGGAGGAUGGGAGCAGAGCGCUGAUGUGGUCGACCCUGCUGCACCUGCCCAAGAGGCGCAUGACAGCCGAGAGAAGAGCAGCAGACCUAUCUCGUUGGCAAAGAGGUACAGGUUCGGCAGUAAGCCUCGCCAGAGCACCGACCAGCCGCAGCAGCCGGUGACAGAGAAAAACACCGGCGUCUGGACAAAGUUGACGAGGUUGUCCGCUGCUCCUAAGCAUCAGCCUACUGCCACAACCAUUGCUGCUGAAGGCGGUACUAGUGCUGAAGCAGGCAGCUUGCCCGCCUCUGUCGGACAGGCAACUGGCGCCGUCGCUGCACCCGCCAUCGCCGCCUAG